GAAACACUGAAGUUACUCAAACAUAAGCCAGUUUGUUAACUGUAUUUUUUUUUGCCAUGGACAAAAUGCUACCUGCCCAAGAGGCCGCUAAAAUCUAUCACACCAAUUACGUAAGGAACGCGCGAGCAAUAGGCGUCCUAUGGGCAAUUUUCACAAUUUGUUUCGGCAUAAUCACCGUCGUGGUCUUCAUUCAGCCAUACUGGAUUGGGGACAGCGUCAACACCCCGCAGGCUGGGUACUUUGGCCUCUUCCACUACUGCAUCGGCAACGCUUUAACUUCUGAGCUGACAUGCAAGGGCAGCGCAUUGGAUUUUGGCUCAAUCCCCUCCGGAGCCUUCAGAACCGCCUUGUUCUUUGUGGGGACGUCUAUGCUAUUAAUAGUGGGCUGCAUGGUGUGCUUUAGUUUAUUCUUCUUCUGCAACGCUGGGAGUGUGUACAAGAUCUGUGCGUGGAUGCAGCUUGCUUCAGCGGUCCUGAUGGUAAUGGGUUGCAUGAUCUACCCGGAUGGAUGGGACGCCCCGGAGGUGAAGCGUAUGUGCGGCCAGCGGACAGACAAGUAUAGUCUGGGCAACUGCACAGUGCGCUGGGCCUACAUCCUGGCCAUCAUCAGUAUCCUAGACGCCCUCAUCCUGGCUUUCCUGGCCUUCAGCCUGGGAAACCGGCAGGAUAAGCUGCUGCCAGACGACUUUGAGGUGGAAGGAGCAGAAAAACCUUAAACCAGAAGUGCCCUGAUCUGUCUUCCAAUAAGGUCAGCGUCAAAGACAACAAUUCCAUGACUAAGUACAGUAUGAAGAGUAUCCAGUGCAACAAUGGACUGUUUUCUUUACAUUUUUAAUAAAAGAAAUUUUUGGGGCCAAUACACCCUACUUUCAUGGUUA